ACAAUAAAUCACCAAUCGAACUAUUUAAAUUUUCUCCAAAAAAAACUUAGUAGUUGAAAUGUUAAGAUUUACUAUCGCCAAAAUGCCCUUAAGACUAAUCAACGCCUACAUUAGUACUUAGAAACUUAGUUGAUUUAUCUGAAAAAUAGCUAUACACAUUUCUUAGAUUCCAAUUCCAUUUCAUCCAAAUUAGUUUCACAGUGUCGAGACGAACUAGAAUUCCUUGGUUAUUGGCUUCACAUUACUCUGAUAUGAAUUCCCGGACACAGGAAUAUAGAGGGUAAUGAGAAAACAGACGAGCUAGCAAGAAAAGGUUUGGCACUAGACGUAGCAGAGUUGGUGGCAGUUGUUACUCCAUUCAAUACAAUAAAAACAUCCAUUGCGUCACACUACUAUGCUUUAGCCGAAAGAAGGUGGAAGCAAUUAACUACAUCUACUACAGCAAGAAAAACAUGUCGGUCGUACAACAUCCAGAGAACGUAUUACAUGUUAGGAUGCUCUCGCUCAAGUACCUAUUUCACGUAUUACUGCAACCCUUAUAGGUCACUGGAAAGAAGGGGAUUAUGCAGCCAGACUCUAUUAUUCUUUCAAUCCCAUCUGCAGACGCUGUCAGGUGGAGUGGGUGAAAGAAAGUCGUUUAAACUAUUUAUGCGAAUGCUUAGACUUAGCCAGAACAAGAUAUCCCUCUUUCGGUAAACCUCUCCUACAACAAAUUAAUGAAAUCGGGGACAUAGAGAUGUAAUUACGAAAAUUCUCCUGGUACGCUCUUUCUUUUUGGCAAACGAUAUAUUGCAGACAAUUAACUAAAAUCAAGGUGAUUUAAUGCUAGCAAGCUUUGUUGAUCGAAGGAUAGAGUGUAUGAAACUACAGAUCUAUGAAACUACUACCGCUAUUGAACUACUUCUAAUAUCUGUAGAAUAUCACUGUCACUCUGAGACAUUUAUACUACCGCUAACGAAUAUACUGCAAAGUAUUUUUUGAUCGCACAGACAACGUUCGUGCACCAUGGGUAUGGUAACCAAAAUAUGUAAAGCUUUUGCGGAGCGUCUGCCAAGCGAUCAACCGAAUCGGGUGGUGGGGGAAAAAGAUCGUUGGACCUUCCCCUUCCACUAGAAACCGGUCCCAGUUCGCUGGCAACAGCGGUGCAGUCAACAUCGCUCCGCGCGUGAAAGCUGUGUUAGGAUUUUGCAGUGGCGAAAAUGCUGCGAUCGUUGGAGCAUUUCAAGUUUUCUGGUCAGGAUUUCCCGCACAUUGUAAUAAGUUAAAUUUAACUCUUCACUGAUCUCACGUAGACUAGCACGACGGUCAAUGUUCAAAAAUUCACGAACCCGGUUCACAUCUUGGUAUGUUUGCGUCACCGAAGGCCUUCCAGAUCGCUGUUCGUCUUCGACGUCCUCCCGGCCUGCCUUGAACGACUUGUGCCACCGUUUUACCUGGGCACUGGACAGAGAUUGGUCCCCGUAAGCCUUAUUGAGUAGCCCAAUGGUUUCGGUUAGCUUUACGCAAAAUUCGACCGAGUAACGUUGCUCCAACGAUCGUUGCAUUUUCGCCACUGCAAAAUCCUAACACACUUUUAAAACAGUGACAUAAUAUACAUAUGGGUUGUGUAUCAACACUUUCCGAAUAGCAAGAGAAACUGAAGGAACUGAAGGAAAAUUGAUACAUAUUGGUACGUCCACGAAAAGUCCACGAAAAGUUUUGAAAACGGUAAAAUCAGCCAAUGGCGAUGUUCGUCUUUCAUUUGACAUUCAAAUAAUCCUAAUUGAAACGUCCAUAAAUAAAAUUUCCAGUCUAUCUCUAUUUGUUAAGAAACCUACAUAUGUACAUGCAUAUACUGCAGAAGUAUACACAUUCACAUUGUAAUUAGAUUCAAAUGAAUAUCAGCGAAAUAUCGGCGUAUUUCAAAUAAUAGGCAUCUGAAGCAUUUCAAAUCAAACCCAAUGGCCAUUAAAUAUCAACACCAAUAAAUUACUUAUUAGUUUAAGAUAACAAGUUUCAGAUUCAAAUUAACAUCCUUAAAAGAGCUCCUCCACAUAAGGGCUCAGAAUACUUCGCUAAUUGCGUUGCGGCCGCCUAGAUCGCGAAAUAUACCGCAACAAAAUGGGCGGAAGUGCUAUACUUUUGGCCAUGUUGGCCAUUAUUGUGUCCUGCCAAGCGGCAACACACGGCUCUGGUAUAUCGCCUCGAUAUGAUAAGUAUCUUGCCGCACAUUUCAUACCUACAAAAACUGUUGCUUUGAGUGAGUCAGAGGCCGAUUUGAAUUAUCGGCUGCCAAACACCACCAAACCACUGCACUAUGACAUCGAAGUGACAACGAAUGUGCACAAUGGCACGAAGAGAUUCACAGGCACUGUAAAAAUUCUAUUAGAAGUUAUCGACAACACAAAUACCAUAGUUUUGCAUGAACGUCAACUGUCAGAAAUCAAAGCAACCAUUACAAACGCAAACUGCACGGAUCGUGUGGUAGAACAGCUAAGCACCUCGUAUGAGGAGGCACGUGAAUUUCUUAGUCUAACACCAACAAAUGAUUCACUCAUCUUUAGCAAAGGCACCUUUUGGGUUUUGACCAUCACCUAUGCUGGAGAAUUGCGUGUCGAUAAUUUGGGAUUUUACUUGUCCACCUAUACAGAUGAAAACGACAACACACAUUAUUUAGCAACGACAAAAUUUGAGCCGACCGAUGCUCGACAUGCAUUCCCAUGCUACGAUGAGCCAGCCAAGCGUGCGACAUUCACAAUCACUAUUAACCAUGAUCCCUCAUACAGUGCCAUAUCAAAUAUGCCUCUGGACGAACAGAUGAGCAGACCUGGAUAUUCUGUCUUCCAAAAGACUCCUAGUAUGUCAACUUAUUUAGUAGCGUUUGUUGUGUCCGAUUUCGAAUAUACUGAAGGAGUGUUGAACUCGAUUCCACAAAGAGUCUACACCCGUCCAGGUACAAAGCAGAAUCAGCAAUGGGCAUUGAUUUCCGGAAUGUUGUUUCUGCAAAGCCUUGCUGAAUACUACAAUAUCGAUUUCGUACUGCCGAAACUCUAUCAAGUAGGUGUACCAGAUUUCGCAGCUGGUGCCAUGGAAAACUGGGGCUUAGUUACGUAUCGAGAGCAGUACAUGAUGUACAACAAGAAGACAUCGACAUCAGGUUCACAAAUAUAUGACGCCAAUGUCAUUGCCCACGAAUACUGCCAUCAAUGGUUUGGCAACUUAGUAACUCUCAAAUGGUGGACGUAUCUUUGGCUGAAAGAAGGUUUUGCUAACUUAUUCGCUUGGAAGACGAUAGAUGCAACAUAUCCUGAAUGGGACGUCUAUCAGAUGUUCCUUAUCGACGACUUUCAAGCUGCACUCGCUGCAGAUGGCUCAGGCCAAGCAAAUCCAAUGACGCAUUACGUGCAAACUCCAUCCGAGAUCUCUGCACGAUACGAUUCUAUUUCGUAUUCGAAAGCAGCCUCGGUACUGUAUAUGUGGCAGUGUGUGCUGACCGACGAGGUGUUCCGCCAAGGACUAAAUCUUUAUUUGACUACAAAUCAGUAUACUGCUGCUGACGAGUGGCAACUUUUCGACGCUCUUAGUAAUGCUGCUGAUGCACAAAACGUGUCACUUCCUGCGACUAUGGGGGAUAUGUUCUCAAGUUGGUCUCAACAAUCCGGUUACCCUCUACUCACCGUUACACGUAAUUACAACAAUAACACAUUCACCAUAACCCAAGAUGCUUUCUUCCCAAACAAAAAUCUAACAUCUGACAAAACUUGGUACAUCCCCUUGAAUUAUGCCCACAAAUCAAAUCCAGACUACCGUAACACCACCGCAUCGCAUUUUAUGCUCAGAACGAAAGAAAUCGAAAUCAGCGAUAAUAGUCUAGCAGCUGAUGAUUGGUUGAUUCUCAAUAAACAAUCGACCGGUUUCUAUCGCAUCAAUUACGAUGAACAAAACUGGAAUCUUAUCAUUGAUGAGCUGAAAUCACGACCAUACAAAUUCCAUUCACGCAAUCGUGCUCAACUAAUUAACGACCUCUACCAGUACACUUCUACAGAUCGCAUCGACUACAGCAUGCUAUUUAAUGUAUUGCAAUAUCUGCCGAACGAGGAUCAGUACGCACCUUGGGCUACGAGCUACUCUGUAAUUCUUACAUUGAAAGUGUAUCUGAAUAGUGAUAAGGAAUAUAAAAAUUUCUUACUCUACGUAGCCUCAUUGGUGACAGGACAUUUUGAGAAGUUGGGUAUGAAUGAUGUAUCUGGAGCACAGCGUCUUACUGUGCAAGUGCGUAACAUCGUCAUUGAACUCGCUUGCUUGUCAGGAAUUGAGAGCUGUCUGACGGAGACGAGUAACAAAUUAAAGGAAAUAGUGAACAAUGGUAUCACCAUCGAACCAAGCUUACGAUGGAAUGUAUACUGUUACGGCCUACGUCAGUCCGGUGAUACAGAAUUCGAUUUUGUCUAUAACCAAAUAUUGCAAUCCCGUGAUCAAGCGUUUCGUGACUCACUCAUCUCUACAUUGGGUUGUUCGCAAACCGAGUCUCAACUACAAAAAUUUGUGAGUAGCUCAAUCAAUAUGUCUGUCGAAUGGCGAUCACAAGAGCGCAUCACCUUACUCGGUGCAGUGUAUUCGAGCAGCAGUGUUGGACUCUUAGUGUGUAUUGAAUUUCUCAACGAAAAUUGGGAGGCAUACAGUAAUUUAAAUCCCGAUAGCAGCGGAAUGAAUCCACUUUAUCAAACAAUGGUUGGCAUGUCCACCAACAUAUAUAGCAAGGAACAAGAAACUAAUUAUUUGGUGUUACUGGAUAAGGUAAAGGGCAGCGAUAAGCUGCCAAACGAUUUGGAGACUGUCGCCAAAGCAAAUAUUCAAUAUAAUUUUAACUGGUUGAACAAAAAUCGUGAUCCGAUUAUGUUGUGGAUGAAAAAGUUCGCUCAGGGUGGCAGUGCUGCACUCAAAGGCGGACUUUAAGGCGAACAUUCAAACUAAUUUUAACUGAUUGGGUAAAAGCUGGAUGGUUGCUGAGAUAUUGGUAUUAAUGAAUAUAUAAGUAGUAAAUGAGGCAGGGCUGCUGGUAUUCCCAUAGUUCUUUAAACCAUAUGAAAUCGAUAAAUGUAUGUAAUUUGCACUAUAAGUAAAUAAAUAUCAUAAAUAGCAGAA